AUGUUUCCUCACAGUGCCAAUCUUAGUGACGUCGUGCGACGCGUCAAGAACGACAUCAGUACUGAUAAUCUGGCAAUGCCUGCUUCUUCCACUUUGCCGAAUUCCGAGGAGGCGGUUUUGCCAACAGGAAUGCAACGUGGAUGCGAUGUGUUGGCGGGUAUCUCAGUCGGUAUGCCCAUUGCGCCCAUGCUGGCAUCCCCGUUGCAGAGUGUGGAGCAGGUGGUGUGCAUGUUCCCCAAUGGGGCAUUCUCUGAGAUGAAGUACGAUGGAGAUCGAAUACAGAUCCACAACUAG